GGUCGGCGGCUAGAGCGUCCGGGCGGGCCGGCGGCAGGAAAGGCUCCGGACGGCCGCCGGAGGUGACGGAGCGGCGGCCGCGCCCCGGGAGCUGGAGGAGCAGCUCGGCGGGUGGCGUUCCGGAGCGUCCGGUCCGGGCUCCCGCCAGCUGACGCCAGGGCCCGCCCCCGCCCGCGCAGCCAUGAGUGCCGAGGUGAAGGUGACGGGCCAGAACCAGGAGCAGUUCCUCCUCCUGGCCAAGUCGGCCAAGGGGGCCGCGCUGGCCGCGCUCAUCCACCAGGUGCUGGAGGCGCCCGGCGUCUACGUGUUCGGCGAGCUGCUGGACAUGCCCAAUGUCAGAGAGCUGGCUGAAAGCGAGUUUGCGUCCACUUUCCGUCUGCUGACGGUGUUUGCUUAUGGGACUUACGCUGACUACCUAGCGGAAGCCAGGAGCCUCCCCCCGCUCACCGAGGCCCAGAAGAACAAGCUGCGGCACCUGUCUGUGGUCACCCUGGCCGCCAAAGUCAAGUGCAUCCCCUACGCCGUGCUGCUGGAAGCCCUGGCGCUGCGCAACGUGCGGCAGCUGGAGGACCUGGUGAUCGAGGCCGUGUACGCCGACGUGCUCCGAGGGUCCCUGGACCAGCGCAACCAGCGGCUGGAGGUGGACUACAGCAUCGGCCGCGACAUCCAGCGCCAGGACCUCAGCGCCAUCGCGCGCACCCUGCAGGAGUGGUGCGUGGGCUGCGAGGUGGUGCUGUCGGGCAUCGAGGAGCAGGUGAGCCGCGCCAACCAGCACAAGGAGCAGCAGCUGGGCCUGAAGCAGCAGAUCGAGAGCGAGGUGGCCAACCUCAAAAAAACCAUCAAAGUGACCACGGCGGCGGCGGCGGCGGCGGCGGCCACGACCCAGGACCCCGAGCAGCACCUGGCCGAGCUGCGCGAGCCCGCGCCCGGCGGCAGCCAGCGCCAGCCCAGCAAGAAGGCGUCCAAGGGCAAGGGGCUCCGGGGCAGCGCCAAGAUCUGGUCCAAGUCCAACUGAGCCCGCCGCGCGGUCCGUGGGAUCCUGGGCCUCCGCCGCCUCCACCCAGCGCUCUCUCUCCCCGAUCCCCCCCCCCACAGCCGGGGAGCGGUUCUGGAGGCGCCCCGGUGCCCCCCAUUCUUGAUCCCCCUUGAUUCGCACCCGGGGAUUUGUGGGGCCCAGUGUGGGGGCCCCCAGAGCCUGCAGCACACUACACGGUGUCCUGUCCCCCGCCCUCGGGUCCUGGGCGAAACUCCGCUGCUUCACACAUCCCAGAGCCCAAGCCAGGACAGCGAUCCCGCCGAUGCUCGCCGAGGCCUGCGGGAGCACUGAUCGCUCUCCUUUCUUGUGUGAGUUUGUGGGGAAGGGGAGGGGCUAGAGACUGUACAAAGGAAUCUAUGCAUAUAGCUCUAUAACGCGACACAGAAAUAAAGCUGUGAGAGUUG